AUAUCCGCUGAUAAACAGAAGCAAACAGAAUUCAUUUCUAGCGUGAUGGAGCUGUAGAGAGAGAAAGACAAGUGAAAGAUCUGAAAACAAAAGUAAAUGGGGAGAGUGAGAUGUGGGAGAAGCUUAAAGCAAUGUUUUCUUUUAUGACCACCAAUUUUUGUUUUCAUUUUCCGUUUCCUUUUGCCUUAUGCAGUCAAGAUGCUUGUUGAUGAAUUUCUCAGUUGAAGGAGGCAGCUGUCUUUUCUGGAAUUAUUGGAGAGUUAAACUUCUAGGCUCAAGGGAAACUACACUCAAUUCUGACUAUUUACUCUUGAAUUGAGUGCUCGCAGAAUUUUUGUUGAGUUUUUUUUUCUUCCAUACCGAAUCUGUUUUAUCUGAGCCUUGGAUUGCUAUUCGGUGGAAAAUCUGCAACUAGGCAGCAUCAAAUUGAAGGAUGGCCAAAUUGUCGCAUUCGGAUUCCAGGCGAAUGUAUUCAUGGUGGUGGGAUAGCCAUAUCAGCCCCAAAAAUUCAAAAUGGCUCCAGGAGAAUCUCACAGAUAUGGAUGUCAAAGUUAAAUCAAUGAUAAAGCUUCUUGAAGCGGAAGAGGACUCCUUUGCGAGGAGAGCAGAGAUGUACUACAAGAAAAGACCAGAGCUUAUGAAAAUGGUUGAGGAGUUUUACAGAGCCUAUCGUGCAUUGGCCGAAAGAUAUGAUCAUGCGACUGGUGUGAUUAGACAUGCCCAUCGAACUAUGACUGAAGCUCAAGUGCCUAUGGUGUUUGCUGAUGAUUCACCUGCUAGUUCUCUUUCUGGAGCUGAUCCUAGAACACCAGAUUUGAUUGGAGGGCUCACUGAUGAUUCUGAUAAUGGGACUAGAAAAAGGACUUCAAAACCGUUCAUUGGUUCAUUCAGGCCAAUUGAGCGGGUGAGGAGAGGUCUGAAUUUUGACGAGGCGGGUGAUAAAGUUGAAGGCGUGUUUAGCAAUGAGAACAACCAUGUUGAUGAUAAAAGUUCAUUAAACUUGGAACAGCAAAGUGAUUCUAAGGAGAUUAUAGCAUUGAAGGAAGCCAUUGCCAAACUGGAAGCCGAAAAAGAAGCUAGCAUUGUUCAGCACCAGCAAACUUUAGAUAAACUGUCACAACUGGAGACUGAAAUCUCCAGAACCAGGGAGGAUUUUAGUAUGCUUAACGAUCAUGCAAAUAAGGCUGAUACUGAAGUUGCUGUGCUAAACAGAGCUCUAGCGACAUUAGAAGCUGAAAAGGAAUCCAAGUUUCAAGACUACCAAAACUGCUUGGACAGGAUAUCUGAGCUACAGACUACAGUAUCUACGACACAAGAUGAUGCCCAGAAACUUGGUGAAAGAGCUAAGAGUGCUGAAGUUGAAGCACAAUCGUUGAAAAGUGAUCUGGAUAUAUUAGCUGUCGAGAAGGAUGCUGCUCUCAAUCAGUACAUGGAAUCGCUGAAGAUAAUAUCAAACACGGAGAAUAAAUUACGGCUUGCUGAAGAAAAUUCUUCUGGGUUUAAAGUGAGAGCUGAAAAAGCAGAAAGUGAAGUGGAAAGUCUUAGACAAGCGAUCUCCAAAUUGACCGAGGAAAAGGAAAGUACAGCUCUGCAGUACCAGCAGUGCUUGGAGACAAUUUCAAGUCUGGAGCAGAAACUCACAUUGGCCAACGAGGAGGCGAAGCGCCUCAAUGGGGAGAUAGAAAAUGGAGUGUCCAAGUUAAAAGGUGCUGAGGAACAAUGUCUGAUCUUGGAAAAAUCCAACCAGUCUCUUCAGUCUGAGUUGGAAUCUUUGAUGUUGAAGAUGGGAACUCAAUCUCAAGAGCUUACUGAGAAGCAGAAGGAACUGGGAAGACUUUGGGCUGCCGUACAAGAAGAACGAUUGCGCUUUGUAGAUGCUGAAACUGCGUUCCAGACUUUACAGCAUUUGCAUGCACAAACUCAGGAGGAGCUCCGAACUAUGGCUUCUGAGCUGCAGAAUCGGGCUCAACUCUUGAAGGUUGCCGAGACCCAAAAUCACACUUUACAAGAUGAAGUUCUAAAGGUUAAGCAGGAGAACAAGCAUCUAGAUGAGCUGAACUCAUCUUCUGCAUUAUCAAUACAGGAUAUGCGAAAUGAGAUUUCUAGCUUAACGGAAUCAACAGAAAAACUUGAGGAGGAAGUUGAGCUAAGGCUAGACCAGAGAAACGCUCUGCAGCGAGAGAUCUAUUGCUUGAAAGAGGAACUAAAUGAUCUGAACAUGAAGCACCUUUCAAUUUUGAACCAGGUACAUGAAGUAGGCUUGAAUCCAGAAUCCUUGGGAUCGUCAGUGAAGGAAUUGCAGGAUGAGAAUUCCAAUCUGAAAGAAACUUGCCAGAGGGAAUGUACUGAUAAAGCAGAUCUCCUGCUGAAAUUGGAGAUUAUGGAACAGCUUCUCGAGAAAAACUCGCUCUUGGAGACCUCCCUUUCUGGUUUGAAUGCUGAACUAAAUGCUGUUAGAGGGAAGAUAGAAGAGCUAGAACAAUCUUGCCAAUCUCUUACGCAAGAGAGAUCUGGUCUUCUCGAUGAGAAGGAGACUCUCACGACACAAUUGCUGGAAACAAACAAGAAUCUAGAGAAACUCACAGAGAACAACACAGUUCUAGAACUCUCCCUGUCUGAUGCACACCAUCAGCUUGAAGCUUUAAAGGCUAAAUCAAAAAUCUUGGAAGAUUCAUGCCAGUUGCUUGUAAACGAGAAAGCUGAUUUGAUGAGUGAAAAUGACAGUUUAACUUCUCAGCUGGAACAGACUCAGAGAAGACUGGUAGAUCUGGAGAAACUUCAUGGAGAACUUGAAGGAAGAUGUGAGAAUCUAGAAAAUGAGAAAGAAUCAACUCUUCGGAAAGUUGAAGAGUUGCAAGUGUCAUUGGAGGCAGAGAAGCAAGAACAUUCAAGCAGUAUCGAGAUGAACAAAGCUCGACUGACUGGGUUCCAAUCUGACAUGCAUGUUCUGCAAGAAGAACACAGAAGAAGUAAGAGAGAACUCGAUCAUGUGCAUGAUAGUGCCAUAGCUAGUGAAAUUGAGAUAUUUGUGUUACGCACGACUGCCCAGGUGAUGAAAGAAAACUAUUGCUCCCUGGUCACAAAGAAUCGCAGACUUAUUGAGCAGUCUAGUUUAUCGGAAAAGGAGAUCUCACGGCUAGAGCAUGACAAUCUCUGGCAUCAGUCUGAAAUUAGAUUGAUGUCAGAUCAUGUUAGUACUCUAAGAUCAGGGACUCGUCAGUUAUUGAAGGUUCUCAGCAUUGCUGAGGAUUGUGUCUCUGCGGAUAAUGUGGAACUAGAUCAGGUUUACAUCAGCCAGCUAUCAAGUACACUCCGCCAUUUGAAGAAAUCAUUCUGUGACGCUGAUGAAGAAAAUCUGGAGUGGUCUGUUGCAUUCUCGGUUCUUGUCACAUGGAUUAAGGAACUGGGAUUACAUUCAAAGAAUGUCGAGGUUGAAAAGGGCAAACUAGAGCAUGAGUUCAAGCUGAAGACUGAGCAGGUGUUACAGUUGCAGAGUGACUCUUCUACACUCCUUGAGAUAAAUGAAGAAUUAAAGUCAAAACUGAGGGAGGAAGACCGCCAUAAGGAAGCUCUGAUGGUCCAGAUUGAGAAUUUGAACUCAAAGCUAACAGACAUGCAAGUAACUUGCCAGGACUUACAAAGUGAAAAACUACAGAGUUCUGAGGAGAAAAGAUCUUUAAUGGAUAGUAUCAUGCACUCCGAGGAAAAACAUAAUCUUCUGGAAGAGGAAUAUUAUGUCUUAUGUGAUAAAGUGUUAGCUCUUGAGAACCUAUCCUUCAUUUUCCAAAGCUUCGCUGAAGAGAAACUUAGGGUGCUAAGAGAUCUUGGUGAUGAUCACAAUAAACUUAACGUGGUGAACACUGCCCUUAUCGGAAAGUUGAGUGUGGCUGAGGGCAGGCUUGAAGAGUCAAAACUCGAGAAUCUUCAUCUCAAGGAGCGGCUGCAGAAGACUGAUAAUGAGCUCAAGGCUGUAGCAACAGACAAAGAGCAGUUGAGUGUUGAGAUUGAAAAUGGAAAGAAAAUUUUGCAUCAGAUGGCACAAGAACUCCAGGAAGCAGAAGAGAAGAUAAUUCUAGCAGAGAAAAAGAAACUAGAGUUGAGUAAAAGUGUUGAAGAUCUUAGAAUGGAAUACAAUCAGAUCAAAAUGGCUCGAGAUGAGCAAGAGAGUCAGAUUCUCAAACUCUCCACAGACAGUGACAAUUUGAGUAAGGAGAAUAAUUUCUUAAAGGAUAGUAUCAUGCACUACGAGGAAAAACAUAAUGUCCUGGAAGAGGAAAAUUAUGUCUUAUGUGAUAAAGUGUUCGCUCUUGAGAACCUAUCCUUGAUUUUCCAAAGCUUCGCUGAGGAGAAACUUAGGGUGCUAAGAGAUCUUGGUGAUGAUCACAACAAACUUAAUGUGAUGAACACUGCUCUUAUUGGAAAGUUGAGCGUGACUGAGGGCAUGCUUGGAGAGUCAAAACUCGAGAAUCUUCAUCUCAAGGAGAGGCUGCAGAAGACAGAUAAUGAGCUCAAGGCUGUAGCAACAGACAAAGAUCAUUUGAGUGUUGAGAUAGAAAUUGGAAAGGAAGUUUUGCAUCAGAUGACACAAGAACUUCAGGAAGCAGGAGAGAAGAUAAUUCUAGCAGAGAAAAAGAAACUAGAGUUGAUUAAAAGUGUUGAAGAUCUUAGAAUGGAAUACAAUGAGAUCAAAAUGGCUCGAGAGCAGCAAGAGAGUCAGAUUCUCCAACUCUCCAUAGACAGUGAAAAUUUGAGCAAGAAGAAUAAUUUCUUAAUGGAUAGUAUCAUGCAGUACGAGGAAAAACAUAAUGUCCUGGAAGAGGAAAAUUAUGUCUUAUGUGAUAAAGUGCUUGCUCUUGAGAACCUAUCCUUGAUUUUCCAAUGCUUUGCCGAUGAGAAACUUAGGGUGCUAAGAGAUGUUGGUGAUGAUCACAGCAAACUUAAUGUAAUGAACACUGCUCUUAUUGGAAAUUUGAGUGUGGCUGAGGGCAAGUUUGAAGAAUCAAAACUCAAGAAUCUUCAUCUCACGGAGAGGCUGCAGAAGACAGAUAGCGAGCUCAAGGCUGUAGCAACAGACAAAGAUCUGUUGAGUCUUGAGAUCGAAAUCGGAAAGGAAGUUUUGCAUCAGAUGGCACAAGAACUUCAGGAGGCUGGAGAGAAGAUAAUUCUAGCAGAGAAAAAGAAAAAAGAGUUAAGUAAAUGUGUUGAAAAUCUCAGGAUGGAAAACAAUGAGGUCAAAAUAGCUCGAGAUAAGCAAGAGAAUCAGAUUCUCAAACUCUCCACAGAUGGUGACAAUUUGAGAAAGGAGAAUAAUUUCUUAAUGGAUAGUAUCAUGCACUACGAGGAAAAACAUAAUGUCCUGGAAGAGGAAAAUUAUGUCUUAUGUGAUAAAGUGUUAGCUCUUGAGAACCUGUCCUUGAUUUUCCAAAGCUUCGCUGAUGAGAAACUUAGGGUGCUAAGAGAUCUUGGUGAUGAUCACAAUAAACUUAAUGUGAUGAACACUGCUCUUAUUGGAAAGUUGAGCGCGGCUGAGGGCAGGCUUGAAGAAUCAAAACUGGAGAAUCUUCAACUCAAGGAGAGGCUGCAGAAGACAGAUAAUGAGCUCAAGGCUGUAGUAACAGACAAAGAUCAGUUGAGUGUUGAGAUUGAAAUCGGGAAGGAAAUUUUACAUCAGAUGGCACAAGAAUUUCAGGAAGCAGGAGAGAGGAUAAUUCUAGCAGAGAAAAAGACACUAGAGUUAAGUAACAGUUCUGAAGAUCUCAGAAUGGAAUACAAUGAGGUCAAAAUAGCUCGAGAUGAGCAAGAGAAUCUGAUUCUCAAACUCUCCACAGACAGUGGCAAUUUGAGCAAGGAGAAUAAUUUCUUGCGUGAUGCAACUCAGAAACUGGAAUCUAGUCUGCAGGUAUUGCAAGAUAAUCAUGAUAAGAGUAAACUCCAAGAAGAGAAUCUGCAUUUGCAGCUGGACAAGAAAAUCAACGAGAUCAAUGAGUUGGGGGCUCAAACUGUUUCACUUUUUGGUCAACUGCAACAUUCCAUGAUCAGUCAGGUUCUCUACGAGCAGAAGUUUUAUGAGCUCUAUGAUGCAUGCCUUGGAUACAUUGAUCAAAAUGAAGUCCUCAAAAAUCAACUGGAUGCAUUUCGGCCAGAGAUUGUAUCAUUUAAGGAAUGUAUUUCAUCCUUGGAGGACCAAACUGAUAUACACAUAAAGUUUCAAAAUCCCGAAGACGGGGAUUUGCAGGAUGGUCAGGGCACAGGCAUUUCACCUGAAAGCAUUCGAAGUGAAGACAAGAAAGUGUUGUCGCCGGUUUCUGAUUUGCAUGAUCUCCGGGUUAGGCUUGAAGCUGUUGUGAAGGCAGCAGUCGAGAUAAAGGAUCUAAUGGUACAGGAGAACAUUGUUCUGCACUCCAAGCUUGAUCAAUCAUUGAGGCAAAUCGAGUUGCUGCAAUCUGAAAGUGGGAAGCACCAUAGAAACAGGAGGCCUACUUCCGAAAUCACUGUGGAAGACAGUGCACUUUUGACAAAAGAUAUCGUUCUUGAUCAGGUCUCCGACGGUUCGUACCACUACAGCAAGAAAGAAGCCGCUGACGUGGACAGCCAAAUCGUCGAGUUAUGGGAAACCGCAGAACCAGAUGGCACCGUGGGUCUCACCAUUGGCAAGUCAAACAGAACCAUUCCUCCUUCCACCACCGCGACCUCUGAUAUCCGUCGUUCUAAAUCGACGAGGAAACAGAAAGGCAGUUUUGCAGCCUCGUCCGAUGCAAUCGAUGAGGACUUGAGCGUGGACAAAUUAGAGAUCUCCAAAAGAUCCACCAAUUCCUUUCAAGAAGGGAACAAGAGGAAGGUCUUGGAGAGGCUCGAUUCGGACGUCCAGAAACUGGCGAAUCUCCAGAUCACGGUCCAUGACUUGAAGAGGAAACUCGAGGUCACUGAGAAGGGCAAGCGGGGCAAAGCUGUUAUCGAAUGUGAGACGUUGAAGAGACAGCUGGACGAAGCUGACAGGUCCGUGAUGCAACUGUUUGAUCUGAAUGGCAGGUUGAUGAAGAGCAUCGAUGACAGGUCGUUCUCAGAUUCAAAGUCCUCGUUCGACUUUGAAGGUGAGGAUGGCGCCCGGAGGAGGAGAGUGUCGGAGCAAGCACGACGAAUGUCUGAGAAAAUUGGGAGGAUACAGUUGGAAGUACAGAAGUUGCAGUUCAUUCUGCUGAAACUAGACGAGAAGGACGGUGUGUCGAAGAUGUCGGACCGGAGAAUCUUGUUGAGGGAUUACCUCUACGGAGGAGGCAGAGGGGGCCAGAGGCGUAAGAAAGGGCAUUUUUGUGCUUGUGUUAAGCCUUCAACACUUGAAGAUUGAGAGAUUGUUGAUUGCAUAAUAAUUGGAAAUUUUCAUAAAACUAUGCCAAAAAUUAUUCCUUUUUAUUUACCUUAAUUGCUUCUUCUAUUA